GUUUUAAGUCAAUUAAUAUUUAAUCCUGCAAGUUAAUAAUUUAUUCCGACACUGGAAACUUUGCUGUGAGAUGUCAGUGAGCCCAAAGCAUUCGACUACAACCCCAUUUUCAGUUACCGAUAUUUUGAGUCCGCUAGAAGAGUCGUACGGGACCGGUUCGGUUGAAGGCAUUGUCAGCGGCCGCAGGGAAUUUAGCGAGCUGUACAGCAACAUGGAAUCCGGCGCGGCCUCGUCGGCGGGAAUUCACGUCCCGAAUCUCGGCGGGGGAGGCAGCACGGGGUCGAUCUCUUCCCCCAUGACUUCGUACCGACAACCGAUGAUGGGCACGCCGCCGCACCAUUCUAUACACCAUCAGCAAAUGUCAUCUGCCAACCCUUACCAGACUGCAGCAGGAAUGAAUGGAAGUUAUAACCUGCACCCUAUGCCUACCCCACCGCAAACUUCGUUUCAUGCAAUGCCUGGAUCUGGUGGACCGACUGGGUAUGGCAACGGGGGUGUUCCGGAGCUGCCACCGUAUAAUAAUGUACAAUCUCCAUGGUACGGUGCACCUUCAAAUCCAGACCCAAGAUUUGUCCCAAGUUACCCUCGGUUGCAAAUUACUGGUUAUGGUUCUAUGAUGCCAGGUACAGGCAUGGAUGGAAUGCACAAGACGCUUCUGCCACCAUCUCAGAGAAGAAAACGAAGGGUUCUGUUUUCCCAAGCACAGGUGUUUGAACUAGAGAGACGUUUCAAGCAACAGAAAUAUCUCUCCGCCCCUGAAAGGGAACACCUGGCACAAAUGAUACAUCUUACGCCAACGCAGGUUAAAAUUUGGUUUCAAAAUCACCGGUACAAAAACAAACGUUCACUAAAAGACAAGCAAACGCAAGAAAUGAGUGUACAACAACAACAACAGCAGCAACAGCAAUCCCAGACCUCUGGUAACGCGCAGCCUCAACACACAAACGAUCUGUCUCACUCGAAUCCUAGCCAGCUCCAGCCCGUAGCCAGUGCGGUACCGGGCGGAACACGGACGCCACAAGAAACGUAUUCCCCUGUUCCAACUGGUGUCCAAGCUUCUCAGCCAGGUAUGGUGGAUGGAAACGAUGGGCAUAGGAUGGUUCACAUUUCGAACCAGAACGGUGACCAGUCUUCGCCGCGCCAUUUAACCAUGUCAGAUGGUUCUUGCCACGAUUCGACGAUCAUCGAGUCGCCAAACAUGCAAAUGCCGAUGCCGAACGUCGUGCAACCGACCGACACCGAAGCAGGCCUUGGGCCGUUUUCAAGCGUCAUAAAACUCGAAGAAGUAAACGUCGACUCGGCGGAAGGGUCCGGCGGGAACUCGGGCAACAUCGUCCCGCAGACGCACUACCUUGGCUCGACCCAUCACCACGACCUAAUGAACGUGAACGUGACGACACUUAAUGCGGUCGACGCGUACCAACACCACCCCCACCAUAACCACAUCCCUAUCGGCAACACUGUCUUGAACGAUCAGUCGAUCCUGUACAGUGUUUACCGAUGAAUUAGCAACUGAACGUACGGCUCUUAUGAUAAGGCUGUCUCAUGGCUAUAGAAGCGAAGGUUAGAGGCAGUAGUAGAACUAUAAGUGUCAACAUAACACAAUGACUCAUAGUUACGUACGCAGGGUCUUCUAUUAGUCGUUUUACUUCUACAAAUACACCGCUAUACUUAAGCAUACAUAUUACACAAGUUAUACCUGAUUCCACGUACUUCUGUUUAUACGUACUUAUGUCAGACUAAUCUGAAACUCAUUUAAUUCAACUUAAACUUCAAGUCGAAAGUCGUCGAACCGACUUGCCCACUGUUCCGAUCGUACACUGUAUAAUUCACUUGAGCAGUCCACUCGAUUGCGAUAUAGCCGCAGCGUCAAGACUACUUACCAGGGCUUCCAGUACCUCCUCAUAUAAUACUUAAUAGACUCAGCAGUCCUGAACGACAGUAAUUAUGAAUGGGGAAAACACCAUACGGGGUUACCACUGAUCUUAAUACAGUUUUUGACGAACAGCAAUCAUAUCUUAUUAUUGAGAAAAAAUGGCGCCACUUUUAGGCGGUUAUUGCCAAUGUCUACUGAAGCGUGACGUUGAAGGUGAAAUGUUGUUUCUAUUCUCCAUUCAAAUAUGUGUUAUCUUCAUAUAUACCGUGAUGUAUUACUUGAAUUAGGUGCAACGCUUUUGAGGUCAACGAUGUUUCUUUGCGCGCCUUUUGUAUUUUACCUAUCCAUGUCACACUUUGUUACCUUUUAGGCGCCCUGUACAUAUUCAUUACCAAAUAAAUCAUCUCUACCGAA